AUGGCGGCUCCCAACAACGUUGCCGCCACCAACUGCAGCUGGUGGCCCAUCUCGGCGCUGGACAGCGAUGCGGCCCGUGCCAGAGAGGCCGACGAGAGCCAUGAGGCGGCCGACCCCGCGCUCGGCCCCCCGGACAGGCUCGUCCUGUACCACUGGACGCAGUCCUUCAGCUCGCAGAAGGUGCGGCUGGUGAUCGCGGAGAAGGGGCUGCCCUGCGAGGAGCGCGAUGUCAGCAUGCCCCUCCUGGAGCACAAGGAGCCCUGGUUCAUGCGGCUCAACCUCGGCGAGGAGGUGCCCGUGGUCAUCCACAGGGAUAACAUCAUCAGUGACUACAACCAGAUCAUCGACUACAUGGAGAAGAACUUCACAGGAGAGAAYGUCACCCAGCUGAUCCCGGAGCCAGGGAGCCUGCUGCACUCCCGCGUGCUGCAGUACCGGGAGCUGCUGGACUCGCUGCCCAUGGACGCCUACACGCACGGCUGCAUCCUGCACCCCGAGCUCACCACCGACUCCAUGAUCCCAAAGUACGCGACCGCUGAGAUCCGCAGACAUUUGGCCAAUGCCAGCACGGAGCUCAUGAAGCUGGACCAUGAGGACGAGCCCCAGCUGACGGAGCCCUACCUCUCCAAGCAGAAGAAGCUCAUGGCCAAGAUCCUGGAGCACGACAACGUCAACUACUUGAAGAAAAUCCUUGGAGACCUGGCCAUGGUGCUAGACCAGAUUGAGGCUGAGCUGGAGAAGAGGAAACUUGAGUACCAAGGGCAGAAGUGCGAACUCUGGCUCUGCGGAUGCGUCUUUACCUUGGCCGACGUCUUGCUGGGAGCCACCCUGCAUCGCCUCAAGUUUCUCGGACUCUCUAAGAAAUACUGGGAAGACGGCAGCAGACCCAACCUACAGUCCUUCUUUGACAGGAUACAAAAACGCUUUGCCUUCAGGAAAGUCCUGGGAGAUAUUCACACCACGCUCCUCUCAGCAGUGGUGCCCAACGCCUUCAGGCUGGUCAAGCGGAAACCUCCUUCCUUCUUUGGAGCCUCCUUCCUUAUGGGAUCUCUGGGGGGAAUGGGCUAUUUUGCUUAUUGGUAUUUAAAGAAAAAAUACAUCUAAUGCUGGCUGCUUGGUGUUUAGUUUGGUGUCUCUGUGCUGUGUGAAAUUAUGAUGAAGCCGCAGUAACUGUAAUGAAAUUUGAAGCAAGGUAUGAAUAAUUAUAUUGUUUAAUGUAACAUUCCAUAGUCUAGAAGUAGAAACGUAUACUGCAAGGAAAUAAGACAACAACAACAAUCGUGUUGACCUGUAAAUGCCUUCUUUAGGUUUAAGUGUUGAGCUCUCGAGAGGGGUGCGCAGUGCUCGGGGGCCGCAGGGCUCGCCCUGCCCACCGGGAAGCAGGCGGCUCCAGUGGGAAAGGCAGGAACGCCGGGAAGUCUCCCAACACCCACGCUAAGCAGUUGGAUCUGGAUCCUCAGGCCUCUAGGUUUAUGUUUUUGAAUCGGUCCCCAGCCCCGUUUCACACCUGGGAGKAGGGAGGAUUUUCUCCUUUAAAAGCCGCUUUAUUGCUGUGCUCGGAGGCCUCUCUUGGGAGCGGGAAGACGCAGCCRGUGGGGACAGGGUGCAGUAGCUGGUCACAGUCAAGGUGGAUUAAUGUUCUUUAAUUAACCAUUUUUCUAUUAUUUCCACUAAAGAAAGGUUUUUUAUUGAGCCGCUCUUAGAAUGUAUCUACUUUCUACAUCUGGUUGUGGCGUGAUUUUGUUUUUUAUUUAAGAUUCAAUGUCUGUCUGUAGCUAAACCCUGCACCUUCUUUUCUCCUGAGAUAAUUCAUUCUGACUUCCAUCCUGAAUUCUGCCACACGAAGAGGAUUAUCACCAUUAUUUGUUUUAGCCUUAUGGCUCUUUGCUUUGAGUUUCCUUUCAUGGAUUUGCAAAGCAUCUUUCACCGACCGAGCAACUUAGGACUCUGAAAAAAUACAACCGUUUUCAGAACUUUUCAGCACCUUCCUGAAGACACUUUGGCAUUCCCUCUCUUUGGAGGCUCUUUUCUGCCAUUCCCUCGCUGUGUGUUUUCUUAGAGACACUUUGCACAGAAUCACGUUUAUCACUUUCUUGUGCCUUUUGCAUGUUGGAUAAAAAUAACGGGCCUCACUGCUACUCAUGCUUUGAAAACUGA